AUGGUGUCCAAGCGGGUUGAAGCCGCCAUUGACAACCUGCUCGCAACCACUGCCAUUUCUUCCGCUGCUACGCCUACAAACUCUGAGUCCUCAGUCGCUUCUUCCUCCCCUGAGCACAAUCUUGGCGGUCACACCAUGUCGCUGCCUCCCCAUCCUGCUUCCUCAUGGACAAUUCAGAUGGUCGCCAUUCGAUCCCACGUUCCCAUCACGCUCGAUCUCUCGGAAUCCAACUACAACCAGUGGCGCACUUUCUUCAACACCGUGUUCAGGAAGUUUGCCCUCGGCUCUCACAUCAACACCCCAUCUGCUCAAGCUCCUAUCGACGUCGAGUGGGUCAUGAUCGAUUUCGCAAUCGUGAACUGGCUCUACACGACGGUGUCCAAGGAGAUCCUCGAGCUUGUGAUGAAACCUGGUAGCAUUGCCUACGACGUGUGGCACACCAUUGAGGGCCUCUUCCGCGACAAUCGCCUCACUCGUGCCGUCUACAUUGAGGCGGAAUUCUGCAGUCUGUAUCAAGGCGAUCUCACAAUUAUGCAAUACUGCUUCAAGCUGAAACAUUGUACGAUGUCGGCUAGCCAGUGCGUGAGGAGAACCAAUUCUUGA